AUGCCUGUUCUUCAUCGCUCUUCCAAACCCAUCGAGCGGAUCGACGCCCGCAUCUCUGCACCGAAACGACGCAAUUCCGACAUCUACGGUCGGAGCACCCACGGCAGCCUCGACGCCAAAAUGCCCGCGAUACGGAAGGCGAGGCGGAGCGAUAUUCGCGCAAUGGCGGAGUCUGCAGCCGCCGCGUUCAUGGACGAGGAACUCUGGGGCAAGGUCAUGCAUCCGCACCGGAAAGAGUACCCAGGGGAUUUCGUCUUGGGGUUUGAAAGAAAGAUUCUCCGAAACUGGCACCACCCUCGUCGCCGAUUUCUCGUCGGACUGGACCGGCAUUCUGGGAAAGUAGUGGGCUUUGCGGAGUGGGAGCGUCAGGGCAUCCUCGAUGAUCCGGUCGCCCCGUCAUGGGUUCAGUACCUGGACAUUGGUCAGGCCAUGAACAAAGCGACUGAAUAUUUCGUUGAAGGAGUGAGCUAUCUGCGACCGAAUCGAGCAGCAGACCCGACAAAGACUCAUAUUCUCGACGAAACUUUUCCCCUUAUCGCGCACUAUUGGUGUGGCCAUCGGUCGCAAAACUGGUGCCUACAAUUGCUGGCAGUUCAUCCCGAUUUCCAGGGCCAUGGCUUGGGGGCGGAACUCGUCCAGUGGGGCGUGGACGCGGCCGAUGAAGAGAGCAUUUGUGCCUCGGUUGUGAGCGCCGAGGAAAAGGAAGGGUUCUACAACAGAUUCGGCUUUGCAGAGGUGGGCAGGGCAAACGUGGGCUCCUUGAAGGAUAAUGGCAUUAAUGGAGGCGCAAUCAUGUUCAGAGAGAGGAGAUGUCCCGAGACGAAUGCCCAAGACAAGCGGGGAGAAGUGUAA